AUACACAGUUGAAGUCAUUUCAGAGAUGAAGAUUGUUCAUAUUGUUAUUGUCAAAUUCAAAUCCGAGAUAAACGACGAAGUCAAAGAGCAAGCGGUUAAAGACAUUCUAGCUCUGAAGGGUACAAUUCCAGAGAUUAAAGCCAUUAGUGCAGGAAAGAACUUUACAGAUAGAGGAAAAGGCUAUGAAUAUGGAUGGGUUAUUGAGUUGGAGAAAAAAGAGGAUUUGCCUAUUUAUGCCAACCAUCAAAGUCAUUUGGACUUUUUAUCCAAGUAUAAACCUGCUCUUGAAGAUGUCCUUGCUAUUGAUUAUGAAUUUUAAUAAAACAGACUGCUCUA